UAGAUAAAUUUAUGAGAGAGCCUGUUUUUUAUUUUGGUUUCUAAUCAUUAUUUUUCCUAAUUAAGAUAAAAAGAAUUAGGGCAACAACAAGAUAUUAAAAUUAAAAAAAAUCUCAAAACUAUCGAUUGGUACCCAGAAGACCCCUCAGGUAUAGUUAAUUAGGAAAUGAGUUCGAUGAUCGGCAACUCUACGAUUGGCAGUUUAAAAUUAAAUCUGCAGAUGAAUAUUUCAAUUAACUGAGGAGAACUGCUUCAAGCAAUUAUUGGCGCUCCACUUUGAAUAGAUUACCCGGAAUCUGAGAGGAUUCGAUAAUAUUCUUGUUGGGUUGGUGAUGAGAAACCGACCCAUCCAUCUGAGAGAUUUCAUUGUCAUUUUGAAUGAUUUCGAAAGACCGAAAAUAAAUAAUUAUUAAUGAAAAUUGAUAAAAAUAAUGGAUACAUAGCAACCACAUUUAAACCAACAUUGGAAAUCAAUAGAACGUGCUUUGAGCGUAUGAUGUUUAACCACAACACCGACAAUUAACAAUACAAGAGUAUUUGUGGUUAAUAUUAAUUUUUUAAUUCUGCAACCAAAUAACCGUAAUUCUAUAUCGAAAAGUUUUCGAACAAAGUUUGGUUUCGAGACACGACUCUUGGAAAGUAUCCGGAAAUUGGAAGUAACUUUUAAAUCUAACUCGGGAGCCGAUUCAAUUAAAACACUAAAAUUGACUUUCUCGCUCGAAAACUACCGGAUAUGAAAAACUAGGAAGGUAAUCCUUCAGUAAAAAUGAAUACCUUUACGGUUAUUUUAGCCAUUUCUUACGCAAUAGCAAACAAAAUCUUACAAUGCUCCGGAUUAGAAGAUUAUUUAAAAUCAAAUAACAAAACUAAAACAUUUUCAAAAUCAAUUUUGGUUGUUUUAGUUUUGAUUAUAAUGGGGUUUGUUGUCGUUUUGAUUACAAUUCCAUUUGGAAUUUUUAAAUUUUUUCUUUCAAUUUAUUUAAAAAUCGUCCACAAAGAAGAUUUCGGCGGUUUUUUAAACGGAAUUGGAGCCUCUUUCGCAAUGCAAAAUGAGCAAACCUAUAUAAUAACCGUUUUAAUAGUGGAUUACGAUGAUGACAUUGAAGGUUUUUAUAAAGAAUUAAAGAAGAUUGUUGAAAUAACCGUCCAAGAUUUCGAUCAGUUAAACUCAAUCGUACAGAAAUCAUAUGGCUAUUAUUAUUUAUUAAAGAAUCAAAUUACAUUCGAUAAGAUUUUGUCGCGAAUAACUUUAAAUCAACAAGAUAAUGAGAAAAAUAUUUUAUCGUUCGAUACUAUUUUAAAUUACGUAGAUAGUAUUCGAAGUUAUGAUUACAAAGAUCAACUAUUUCAAGUUGUUCUAUUUAACCACCCCGUUUGGUUUAGUAAUAAAAGGAAUUAUGCCAUUUUCUUAAAAACUAAUCAUUGUAUUUUGGAUGGAAUGGGUUUUCUAAGUGUUAUAACUAAACAUUUAAGCAAACCGAAUAAAGAUGUUGUCGUUAAAAAAUUGGAUUUAGUGGAAAAGUACAAAAAAUUAAAUAUCGAUUACAAUAAGUGUUAUUUAACCAAAAAUUCAUUUGGGUUUACCACAAAAAACGAUCUAAACGAAAAUUAUAAACAAUUUUCUGCUUAUAUUAUGGAAGAUUCGCCCGAUUUAAAAGAAAAAAUAAAAUUUAUAUCUCAAAAAUUAAGUGUGCGAUUCAAUCAGGUUGUUUUAGCUGGAUUAAUUUAUUCGAUUUCUAAGAUAUUAGAUAAGAAAAAUAUUAAAUCUGGGCCGUUUAAUAUAUCUAUAACAGCUUCAUCGGAUAUAAAGCAAAUUGAAAAUGUCAUGAAUGGGGACAGUGACUCCAUAAAAAACGUGAAGAAUGCUUUCUUUGUGUCCCAAGUUACAGUUAUGAAAUGUCGAAAUCGAUCAAAGAGAGAAUUUUUGAUUGAAACUGGGCGAGAAGUUGAGGAAAUUAAGCAAUCUGUUAAUCCAUUGUUAAACAUGAUGUUUUUUAAUUACUUAUCUUCUUUUAUGCCUUCUAUCUUAUGGCGAGCAUUCUUAAUGGAACAAAAUAGGCGAACACACAUAGUUUUAACGAACAUAUUGGAUCAUCCCACAGAAAGAAUUGUUUGCGGAAGAAAAAUGUACGCUAUUUUUACGAUUGUUGGUAAUACUGGUAAUAAAUGUAUAUUUUUUAUGCAUGGAUCUUAUGCCAACCGAUUUGGAAUAUGUAUGAGUGGAAGAUAUGAGUUUAUAAAAAGUCGAGAUGACGUUCAAUUUAUAUUACAUGAAACGAGAAAAUUUAUGGAAGACGUUUUUAACGAAUUAAACCAAGAAAAAAAAUAAAAAGCAUUUUUAUGCAACCAAACUAACACGAUAGAUGUGUUGGUUGCAUACUCACCCCUAUUUUUUAAAAUUCAAUUCUAUUUUUUAAUUAUAUCUACCGGGAAUUUCAUAUAACUCGCAAUAUAUUAAUGCAUCAUAGCCAUAGUUACGAAACUACAAUGCACUUGCACAAUGCAAAGUAACGUCCUUAUCAUAACCCUGAGUUUUCGGCUGUCUUAAGAAACGCACGGCUAAACCCGAAUGUUUCUAGAAACCAGGGCUUCUAUGGAAAUAUAUUUUUGUAAAAAGAAAAUCUAAACGAAAUUCUAAUUUACCAUAACAAUUGUUUUUAAUCUUAAUAUAGGAGUUAUAUUUAAAA